UUCGUGUUUCACUUUCCCAUCCCACGAGGUAGUGCACCGUGCAGUACUGCAGUGGUGACGCAGCAGAACUCUACUCUUUCGGUGAACAAAGUCGACUGGUACGUACUUGCACAACUUGUUUUGCCGAGGCCUUGAAAGUUCAACCGCACUAGUGGGAUAAAAAUGGCUGUUGGAUAUUACUGUCUGGUUGGUGUCCUUCUUCUGUCUGCUCUGGUGAGCGGGCAAGGGGAUGUGCCAGUUGCAGGACAAGAAGAGCUUCCAGUUCAGAAUGGGUUCUACCCUGAAUUCCCUGAAAUGAUUCCUCCUAUGUUGGGUGGCAUGGCACAGAACCCGUACUUGUGCAAGGCUUGCGAGGCCUUCAUCGAAUUCUUGAAGAAUGCCACGGAGAAUAAGCAACUAUUGGAUGACGUGGUGACCCUUCUAUUGCCUUUGUGCGACUGGGCUCCGUACCAGUAUCAUAACGCAUGCAUCGCUUACGUCCAGGCUAUACCAGGAUUGGUGAAGAUGUACGCGGAUAUGUAUUUGAAUCCUCAGACCGACUGUGCCGCCGUCUGCGCAGCAUCGCGUAUGGGCUACGACCCCAACGCCGUCCCCAUGAUGAUGAACAACCUCGCGAAGAUGAUGCAGGGAAAGAAGCCAAUCGGCUAAACAAAUGACUGGAAAGAAGGCUGUCAGUCAAAUAUUAAGCUAAUAAUAGCGCGCAAGAAAAUCUAGAAGCAAGAAAAACGAAAGCUUUAUCCGUUGUUUUAAACUUCUUUUCACAUCUUUUAGAAAUCCAGUCUACGUAGUGGUAUUAAACGCUGUCGCUUUGAUAAUUGUUUUAUUCUCUUCCAAGUUUUCUUUCGCAAACAAACCAGUGAAGUGUUCAAUUCUUUACUGUAGCUUCCUCCAGCAGAUAUACAAAACGUGACAAACCAGCUAUCGAUAACGCUCAAAGACUUGCUUACUAAUCAUGACAAAUAUGUGGAACAUUUUUAUACUUCACAUUAAAAAUGAUGUUAUGAAAGCAUGAUAUACACUGGCUACAUGAAAAAAACACUUGCAUUCACGUUUAGAAAAUCAUCGUUUACGAGAUAACUACAUGUAUUAUUAAAAGCAUAUACUUAUUGCUCUGAUAGAUCUAAGUAAUUGCACAGUACACAGGCCUAAAGACUUAAAAGUUUCCACGUCAGAAGUUUUUUUGCUCUGUUGAUAAAAAAAAAAGAAGCAAAAGGUUUAAAAAUGCCUAUCUCAGCGGAACAAAGUCACGAACAUUUCAAAUUAACGGCUUGAACAAUCUCAACUGUCCCCCGAAGGCAAUGUCGUAUUGUUCUUUAUUCCCGUGGCUGGAGUUAGCAGAUACUCUAUUAAAAGACCGACAGUAAAAUAA